AGAAGAAUUGCAAGAGUAAGCGAACACAAACAUGUUAUUAACAAGAAAAACUGAAAUUUAGAAAUCAAAUUAUACUGCAUAUUGAAGCCUUGGCCGUCCCCUUGGCCUCUUUGGUUCCCUUUCAGCUGUCGAAUUUACACAUGUGGUUUUGUUGUGGCCUAUGUCUAAGCAAUUAGAACAUGUCAUCAAACAUCUCUCUCGUCCAAGCUUUGUCUUUUGGUUUGAGGAAGAUUCAUUUGCUCCUUUUCGCCUAUCAUAGUUACUUGGUCUGCCACGAUUACCUAGUAUAUAUGGCGGUGGCAACACAGGUAACCUAUUCAUCCUAGGCCAUAGUUUCAUUCCUUGAACCAGCCUAAUACCCCUAGAGUAGGUUACUCUCCACAUGUCACUGGUGUAAAACUUGGACACAAAAUCUUCCAUCGUCUUCUUUUUCUCUGCAAUCACUGGAAAGAUUUAAGGAAUUAGUUAAUUAUGGAUUAGGGUUCACGACUUGAGCAUAAUCAUUAAUGUUAAUGAAUCACCAAAACACAGUGUUUUGGUAAUUAACAGACGUUUAGGAAUAAUUAACGUUUGACUUCGAGAUGAUUAAAAAGGCCAAGUCAACAUAAGUUUAAGAUUAAUUUGGAUAAUUUAUAAAAGUUUAAGAUUUAUUUGACUUACUUAAAAAUUAGAGAUUUUUUUGGCUUAUUUUUGAAAGUUUGGAAUUUAAAUGGCGUUUUUCCCUAUAAUUUAAAGAAACUUCAAGUUUUUAAUGCUUAUUGAGUAAAACUGUUACAACAGUGUCUUAGAAGAACCCAAAAUAUAUCUACAAAUGCAUAUAAUUUAAAGAAACUUCAAGAUGUAGAUAAUUUUGUUUGUCUUAUACCUACAAAUUCAUAUGCUAAUAAAGAUAAAAUAAUAUAAACCACAUAUAUUAUUAUUUCAUUUUAACAAACUAUAAAUUAGCUAUUUAUAAUAAACUAAUACAAAUUAAAAUAUUAGGCCACAUACUCCAUAAAUAUUAUUUUUAAAAGUGCCUCAUGCUGAAUAUUUAAUAUAAUAUAAUACUUCAUUUUUUUUUAAAGAUAUAUUCUUAGAAUUAAGUUAUAAUCUCACUUCUAUUUAUUUGAUUAUUUUUAUAUGUACUAAGUAUACAUACAAUACAAUACGUUCUAUAUUUAUGAUAUAUGAAAUUAAUCUAACAGCACAUACAGAUCGAACUUAGUUCAUUUGUAUUAUUUGUUUGAGAAUUAUGAAAAUCUUAAAGUUUUGAUCAAUACAGUGACAUUCAAUUCAUUAUGUAUAUAUUUUUUUUCUUUGAGAAUGAGUGAAGCACAAUAAUUAAAUUACAAACAUUAUAUAGUAUUUACAUAUGAUAGGGUUUCCACUAAUUAAAACCUCUUACAAAUUGAUUGAGAUAUAUUACACUACAUAUCCCAUAACAAAUAUGAUUUAAAGAUUGAGUCGAACAAAAUAUUUAGAUCUCUAUUAUACUUUUUUAUUUAAUUAAGUUUAGAUAUUAUGAUAAAUUUAAAUUGACGACUCUUUGGUCAAAAUCACAAGAACAUAACAGUUAAGUGAAAUUAUCUAAAAUUAUAAAGAACAUGAAAAAUAAACAAAAUUAGUUUUUCUCAAAUAAUAAUAUAGAUAGAUAUGAGAUUUAAGCUAAUAUACAAUAAAAAUUGAUAAAUAUAUUAUUUUAUUUUAUGAUUUUCAGGAAAAGAAGAUUAGAAUAAAGAUAUAUUUAUAUAUAUAUAACUAUUUAAUUGGUAAUCUAAACUAUGGAUUUAAUUUAUUAAAAGACUAAGUGUUUUGCCCGCACAUGGAAGCAUAAUUGUUUGAUAAAUAUUUAUUAUUUUGUAUCUUAUUAAUUCAAAUGUUCUCAAGAAGUUUAAAUUGAACAACAAAUUAUUUAUAUAUGAUAAAAGUUUUUCAUGAAUAUAUAUCUGAAUAUUAUUGAGUCAAAAGUUUGAAAACACUAACAUAUUAAAAAUAUUUUAUAAAAUAUCCUUAUACAAAUGUUUUUGUUUAAUUAAUUUUUAGUUAUAAAAUGUAUAUAUCUUAAUUUUAACUUUUAUAACAGAAAUAUAUUAUUUCCAAAUAACAACACAAUGUAUAUAACAAUUAUCUUAUUUUCUAAGAAUAUGAUUUACGAUAAAUAAAUAAAUCUACUAAUUUUGGAAAAUGUUUAGGAGAUCUCUUAUGUUUUAAAAUAUUCAUCUUUGUUUUAUUUGCAAUUUUGUUUUUUGUAAUGUUUUUCGUAAGACAUGAAAAUGUAUUUUUUGAUUAAACACUAACAAAUUAAAAUAAUAAACUGUUUAUAUGCUAUUGAUGAGAUAUUAACAAAAUCCAAAAUAUAUAACCUUUUAAUACCAAAAGUAUAGAUAUAAUUCUUUCAUGACGUAUAUUUUUAUAUAAUAUUAAUAAGAUAAUAUCAAAUAUUUUGUGGUAUAAUAUUAAUAAGAUAAUAUCAAAUAUUUUGUGUAGAUGAUACUUAUCAAUAUUUUUUUCUUAAAACCAUUUAUUAUCUAAUAUAAAUAUUAGUAAAAUAAUUUAUUAAAAUCAUCAACUCACCUAAGAUAAUGGAAAUUUAUUUUUAUAUAAUAAUAAAUAUGAUAAUAUAAAUAUUUGUAUAGAAACGAUAAUAUCAAAAUAUUUGUAUAAAUGAAAUAUUGUAAUUAUCAUGUUUCCAAAACUGUUUAUUAUUUAAUAUAUAAAUAAAAUUUAUGAAAACUAUUAACUAAGCCUAAAACUAUGGGAAAUGUGACAAAUAAGAAAAUUCACUUAUCAAAUAAUAGUAUAGUUAACUUUAACCAAUUCUAAAAUACAUGUGUCUAUGUAAGAAUUUGUAAAAGGGAGUUUAAUAUUUCAGACUCAAAAAAAUAUUUAAAAUAUCUAAAUAUUAAAAAGACUCAUUUAUAAACUCUCAAAGUUUUCUUUAUAAAGACUCUCGAAGAUGAUAACCUUAAUUUGGGAGAAGCAAACAAGAGAACGAGAAACACUAAUUCUUGACACAACUGUUACGAUACAUAAAACCAGAAAAAGCUCAGACCCUACCUUGCAUCGUAGGGUAAACAGAGAUGUGUAAACCCUUGACUGUUGUCUACUUGGUUGCUCUACUUUUUAUAGUCUCCGCGGCGGCUGAGGAAGGAAACGACUGCGGGGUCUCCGCCGCUGCUGUAAAUUCAGCAACGGAUCUUAAGUAUAAGAUCGUGGCUAUCUUCUCCACGUUUAUUGUCGGAGUUUUUGGUGUUUGUUUGCCCAUCUUUGGCCUCGAUCUAGAUGGUAUUUUCUACGCAUUUGUCAGGAGAUUCGGUGCCUAUGUAAUGGGAUUCUCCACUGUCAUCUACAUUCUUCCUGAUGCUAUAGACAGCCUCACAAGUUCUUGCAUCGGAGACUUCCCGAUGACUGGAGUUGUUGUAGCCAUGGCUGCUGCCAUCUUAACCAUGAUUGAAUCCAUGUCCUUCGCUUCAGCUUUUAUGAAUAGAGCUCAGAACGGUGAUGAUCAUAAGAUUGGACAUAAGCUCGUAACUCAGUUCUUGGAGUUAGGGACUGUGGUCCACUCAUUGAUCAUUGGAAUAGCUUUAGGAGCAUCUCCAAAUCUUAGCACUAUUAAGUUUCUUAUACCUUCAAUUACCUUCCAUCAAUUGUUACAAGGAAUUCGUCGUGGAGGUUGCAUCUCCAAGGCAAAGUUUGAAUUGAAGAAAACUUUAAUUAUGGUGAUAGUGUUUUCUCUCACAACACCUGUAGGAAUCGGGAUCGGUAUUGGAGUCGCCGAGAUUUACUACAAGAGUGGCCCGAUCACGUUGAUAGUGUCCGGUUGUUUAAACGCUGCAGCCGCUGGAAUAUUGUCGUUCGUGACUGCUGGGAAUAUUGGUUCCAACCUCAAACCUCAUAGUACUUGUCACAUGUUACAAGCUUUAGGUUUUGUCCUCUUCUUGUUGAUGCUGUAGGGUGGGGGUUCGAAUACUUGGAUUGUUCUCUUCUCUUUGCAAUGUAUCUUAUUUAUAGACGAAGAAAAAAUGAUACUCUAAACAUGUAAUUUGUUUUCGCUAAGGGUCGAUUAGAAUUAAACAUAAUAUAUAGUAAGAAAAAAUACGAA